AUCUGAUGUGAUGUGGACCCUCCACGGCCCGUCUGAGCUGAAGACCAGCAUGCUGAGACGGGCCUCGUCUAGUUUCUUCUACACGUUUGGGCAGACGUCAAGACUGGGAGAGUAGGAGCUGUUGGAGGGAAACCAUAUAGUUGUAGAAACUUGGGGAGAGGAUAGGAUAUUGAUAUUAGGAUAUUAGUAUAUUAGGAUAUUAGGAUAUUAGGAUAAUAGGAUAUUAGGUUAUUAUGAUACUAGGAUAUUAGGAUAUUAGGAGACUAGGACAUUAGGAUAUUAGGAUAUUAGGAUACUAGGAUAUUAGGAUAUUAGGAUAUUAGGAUACUAGGAUAUUAGGAUAUUAGGACAUUAGGACAUAAGGACAUUAGAACAUAUAGGACAAAAGGACAUUAGGACAUAAGGACAUUAGCACAUUAGGACAUCAGGAUAUUAGGAUGUUAGGAUAUUAGGAUAUUAGCUAUGAAAUAAAGUUUUUUAUUCCGUUUGAAACAUUGGAAAGCAGUCAUUCUUUAUCCGCGUCGGACACAUGGAAGAGUAUCUCCUUUAAUGUGAUGUGUGUGGUGAGAGUUCACAACAGGGUACUUAUUCCAUGCUGAUCAUACAUAUUCAUUACAAGGUACCUCCUAGCUAAUUCACAAACACCACUUUCCUAGAACUAAUUUGCAUGCAUUCGCCUUUUACUGGAAUUACUUUUUUGGUCCUGGAGGUCAUCUAAAGGGGUGUCUGGUGGUCAUAUUCACUGAAGGCUUCAGUAUUACUGGUGACCUUACUUUGAACUUUUUCUUUGGGCAUGCACUGUUGGUUUUAGUUAUGUAGCUCACAAAAAACCCCUCUCUAGUCCUCUGUCUGUUUCUCCACUGGUUCCAGCUACAUUUAUCCUCCUUUGUGCAUACCUUUACAUCCUUCUAUCUUUUUUCUAGUUAGUCCCAAAGCUUUAUUCAGCAACUUCAGGGGAACUGAAAAUUUCUAGUCUCUGUGUUAUUUUUCAAGUCUCCCCUUUUCUUGAGACUGUCUCUUUUAGACAAUCUCAAUACUUCAUUUUCCAGCACGAAGUGCUGCAACAACCAUAACAGUUUGUCCUGUGUCCAGGUUCAGACCUUAUCCACUCCCCUGCCCAGCUGGAUGCAUCCUGUGGGGAUGCCUUCAUCCAUGGUGGCUCUGGUCCUGUGGCAUCCAUGGUGGCUCUGCUCCUGGGAGCCACCUGUGUCUGUAAACUGGGGUCUUCCUCCGCCAGAUGGGGGUGGAAACAGGUUCUGAACAUCAGCACAGAUUUUGGCUGCAGUGCUGCUGCAUUGCCUGGACUGUGUCCUGCUGAAGGAGGAUUUGGAUGAACUGGCUGGGGUAGGGUACAGCCCUCGUGUGCAGCAGGAGGCCUCCUGCAGGAUCUGUGGCUCUGUGUGUCCCUGUGUGCUCCUCUGCUUCUCCUGGCAGCAGCUUCUGUGUCUGGGGCUUGUUUGCUUGAGCUGCUCCAUAUCUGGUGCUACAGGACUGUAUCACCCAGCCACUGCUUGCCCUCAUCCUCAUAGGGUCCCUCCAGACCGACUCUAGCUGUGUGCCCUGGCUGCCCUACUGCCACAGCAGAUUCUCAGGCUUUUAGGGAAAUAAAACCCAAGAGAGGAACUCGCAGCUUAGGGCUUUGUCAGCAGAGCAAGGCAGAACUUGCCUUGCAUUUGGGCUUCCCACCAUGACAUGGAGCAUGUGCUGAAGCUGGUGGCUCUUGCAGCAGCAGCAUGCACUGCUGCUGGCCCAGUGGUGGGUAGGAGCAGGCUUGGAGGAGCCCAGAGUUUUAAACCACUGAAGCUCUUCAAAGUCCUGAGGUGUCUUGUUUUCUUCCUGCAGAUUGUCGCCAGUAUACGAACAGGAGCUGUGAAGAAUGCCUGAAAAAUGUCACUGUGAGUAGCAGCAGUGAGGCUCCCAGCCUCUCACCAUGCUGAAAAAGUUUCCUUCCUGGAAGCAGGGCUGGUCCCCUGCCCUUGUCCCAGACAUGCUGCAAAUUCCACCCACCUAUGAGGGUGAGAGGGCAAUCCCUCUCUGGUGCUCUGGAAGGAGGUUGCUAGAAACUGGGUGGGUUUUGUUGUGUGCUUUUUGAUUAGAGUAAUGGAAUUGCUGAGCUGCUUCCUGAUGGAUGGACGAUGUGCUUGGAGAAGGGACUGAGUGGGCUGGGCUGGCUGGUCAAGUUCCCCUCCAGCAGCUGGGCCGUGGCACUGGCUGGGUGCAGGAUGUGUGCUGGUGUCCUGCCAGUCCCUGCUGCCUUAUCACAGAUGUGGGAAUCCAUGGGAUUAGAGGAUUUUAGAAAAGGUGGGAAAAAGAAAGGCCGCAGAGACAGUAAGGAUAGUGAAAUGCUUAAGCAGCAGAAAAGAGAUAUCAGCAGUAGCGAAGACAUGAGAAAUAGAACAAUAAAGCUAUGUAGUUUAGCUUUCAAAGUUGCAAAAAAGUAUAUUUUAGUAAAUAUUUAGAAGGUGAAAUAUGAAUAGGGCUCUGUGCUUUGUCUUUUGUAAACGAACCAUUGUAUGAGAGAAAAAGUUGCUAUUGUUUUAACCAAAGCUACGUGUGCUUCAUGUGGUUGGAUAGAACGACUGUCAAUAUGCUUUUGCUCUAUGUAAUUGGCUGAAACUAGGUCUGAAACUAUCUUAUAAUAUGUUGUAACAUUAAGUUUCCUUGGCCUUCUGUCUGGAUAGCGAGCUGCUCGCAUCGAUCCAUUGCCAUAGCCAUGUAAUGAGACUGAUGCUUCUUAAAUAAACAGCUCACGACGCUGUUCAGGUGUGGUCCCGUUCCGUUCGUGUCUGUAAAUAGUUGCCGGCGUCAACAGAUAUCAGCAAACUUGAACUUGAGUCAGAUCUUGCAGCUGAUGUAGCCAGAACCAGUUUGACCAAACCCCUACUGAAUGCUGGGGUUGGGGAUUGGAGCCACCAGGAGAGGAGCAUGCAAAGCUCCGCAGAUGGUCUGUAGUGGCUGGGCACAUGCACACCUCUCCUGCUCAUCAGCUUUGUGUGUGUAGAGCGCUUUGUCUCAAAGGCUUUCUUCUUAUCUCAAAAAUAAACGUAAAGGAUUUGUGUUAUUAAUGGUGGGAUUCUUAAGGCUGUCCUGGGCAGGGUCAGUAGUUGGCUCGAUGAUCCUUAUCAGUCCCUUCCAGCUCAGGACAGUCUACAAUUCUAAGCCAGGAGAAGGAUUCUCAGCAUCUUUACUUGCUCUAGAGCUCUGCACUCCCCUCUCCUGCCUGUCCUGGUGUGAUCUGUGCUCACACAGCUCUUACUCCUGAGCGCCCUGUUGCUGCUGGGUGCUGUCUCGUGAGCCAGCAGAGGUGGCCCUGUGCUGUGGCUGCCAAGCAAAGCGAGGGUCGCUGUCAGUGCAGCAGUAACGCUGUGCUGCCUGCUCCUGUGUCCUAGUGCCUGUGGUGUGCCAGCAGCAGGAGGUGCAUGGAGUACCCCGUCCGAAGAAUCCUCCCGCCGGCCGACCUGUGCGAGCUCCGCUCGGCGCGCUGGGGAGUCUGCUGGGUGAACUUUGAAGCCCUGAUCACUGCAAUGUCCGUGGUGGGAGGAACACUUCUGAUCAUGUUGGGGGUCUGCUGCUGCUGCUGCUGUUGUAAGAAAAAGAGCAAAAAGCCGGACAAGGAUGAUGAGAGAGCAGCCAGGGAGCGGGAGAAGAGGCGGGUGCGGCAGGAGGAGAGGAGAGCGGAGAUGAAAUCACGGCAUGAUGAAAUCCGAAGAAAAUACGCUGCUGCCCACUGCAGGUCCAGGUUAGGCAGGAGAUUCCAGGGCCUCUGGAUGGGCUGGAUCCUUUAGGAAAGAAAGAGCAGGCAAAGCUGUGCCUGAAGGAGCUCUUGGUAUGGGAAGCAUCUGCCUGUGGAAGGGCUGUGCUCUGGGUCUGUCUUGCCAUGUCAGAGUUGUCUUGCUGCAGCCUGACCCCAGAGUUUGCAAUCUUGUCCUUUGUGGCUCUUCUUCAGAAGUGUUGAGCUGGGAAAGCAUCAAACAGCAUGGCACAUGGCUUGUUGCUAGCCCAAAAGUCAGCCCCAUACCCUGCCUUGCCAUUUCCCAGUCUCGAUGCAGGAGCAGGGAAGCAAGUCUAAGAACAGUUUUAAUUUCAUUUGGGUCUGGGCUCUUUGCUUGUAAUCCAGUCUGACAGAAGGGCUGUGUAGAGGGGAGAGCUCUGGAAGAUUAGGCAGGCUGCUUUACCUGGAC